AUGAAAACAAAGAGCCUGUAUGAGGGUACCGGAGGGACACUUAUUACCUUUGGGAUUAUAAGCAUUUUCUCUGGAAUUUUUGCUUUCUUUCCUGUUUUUUCUUAUAAGCCUUGGUUUGCUGGCUGGAGCGUUCGAAUCGCCUGUCCCAUCUGGAAUGGAACUUUGGCUGUUAUUGCUGGUGUACUUAUUCUUUUGGCUGACAGAGGACAAACACAAAGAUCACUUUGGGAAGCUAGCUUCACCUUUGGCGUAUUGAGCAUCGUGAGCUCCCCAGUUCAAUUUGCUGUUGCAAUUGUCUCCAUCCUGCUUGGUCCAUAUUGCUAUUAUUCAUUUGCUGGGAUUGCAGGGACCAACUAUCUCGGUUAUGCAGUUUUGUUCCCUUUUCCCUACAAGGAAUUUAUGUCUCUUUGCAAGGACCCAUUGCACUAUGAGUGGUACCAUCUGGUUCUACAAAUACUAGACCUUUGCUCAAGUUUUGUCAUGUUUUGUGGUUCUUUGACUAUUGUGAUCAAGCUCGCUGCAAGACUGCUCCAAUUUGGACAUUAAAAUGAAUAAAGGUGUGAGUGAGAAAUUUGCAUCUUGGCAAAGAAGCAGCUGGAGGUUCCCAUCCCCACAAACUUUCUGUCUCCUGAACCCCAAGUAGAGAUGAUUCUCAAAGAAGAGGAAAAAAUAUCAGAAUGGGGGAUAGACCUCCCAAGUUCUCUCUCCCUCCACCUCUACUCACAACAUUGACAACAGUGCAGAACAAAGGAAACAGCAUUGGACUAAGGGAGGGAUUGUGACUGAAAGAUUCAGCCCAUAGGACUGCUAGAAUAUGUGAUGAGAGAUGUUUGCUUUGAAUUCAUUUAGCUUGUUAAGUUAAUCUUGUACUUUUUAUUUACUUGUAAUCAAUUAUGAUUUUAUGCCUCAUUACUUGUAGUCACUUAAAAUCUA